AUGUCACCACAAUCAUCAAAUCCCAUUUACAUCAAAGUACAAGUUAACAACAAACACCAGCACGCUAUUAUUGACACUGGAUCUGCAGUCACCAUUAUUAAUCAACAAUUAUUGAAGAAAAUUUAUCACAAGGAAUUUAUCUAUAGAAAGAAAUCACAUAAGUCAGCAAAUUGUACAGCAAUCAACAUCAUUGGAGAAAUCGAACUGGAAGUCAAAAUACAGCAACACAAAACGUUAAUCUUAGCGGACGUUGCAACAAAUCUUGUAACUGAUUUAUUAUUGGGAAAUGAUUGGAUUACUGAAAAUAACGUAAUUAUUCAUUCACCACAACAACGUAUUUUUCUUACCGACAAACAUCAUCGAAUCAUAACAACAACACCAUUUAUUAAACCAUCUGAUGUUCAACUGCCGAUAUUACUAAUCAAUGAAAUUACUUUACCACCAUAUUCAGAAAGAUACAUUGAUGUGACAGUUCCAUCACAAAUAAACGGUAUAACUGAAGCUUUAUUCGAACCAGCUUUGAAUUUAUACUCGAAACAAAUAUUGUUAACAAAUGCAUUAAUUCGAAUAGACAAUAGCAAAAGCAAACUCAUGAUUAUUAAUGCCAAUGAUCGUCAAAGAACACUUUCAAAAAAUACCAAACUGGGGUCUAUUUUACACCGGACUGAACCAGAUAAUUAUCUUAUUUUACCAAUUUUAUCCGAAGACAAGAAUUACGCAUCAACACGUCUAAGAUCAUCUAACUAUAAGAGGAACAACACUCAUCAGAGUGGUUCCUGUGAUAGAUCAUUUCGAGAUAAAAGGAAGGUCCAAUCUACGGACUUUACCUGUAAAAAAGAAUGUCUUGACGAAGAACAACAUCAAUGUUAUGUUUGCAAAGAACAAUUUCUAUCCGGCAAUGACUUACAACAACACCUACGUCAAAAAUGUUACCCACAAGAUAUAAGAGACAAAAUUGAAAAAUUAACAUCACAUAUUGACAAUUUAAAUCAAAGGCAACAAUUACAACAUAUUUUAUGGAAAUAUGGAAAAUUAUUUGAUCUUCGUCAACCCUCCAUCAUUAAAGCAACAGUGCAUCAUGCUAUUGAAACCGGAACACAUCCACCAACUCAUACUCCACCAUAUCGUGUUUCAUACAAAGAUGAACAAAUACAACGUGAAGAAAUCGAUAAAUUAUUAAAACAAGGAAUUAUUGAAGAAUCUACAUCACCAUGGUCGUCACCAAUAGUGUUGGUACGAAAGAAAGAUGGAUCGGUUCGAUUUUGCGUCGAUUUCAGAAAACUAAACAACAUCACCACAAAGGAUGCAUUUCCAAUACCUCGAAUCGAUGAUAUUUUCGAUCAUCUAUCACAAGCCGAAUAUUAUACUACAAUUGAUUUUAAAUCGGGUUAUUUUCAAGUUGGACUGGAUCUAAAAGAUCGUCCAAAAACAGCAUUUUCAACAAGAGACCAGCAUUAUCAAUUUACAGUACUACCUCAAGGUGUUACUAAUGGCCCACCAGCAUUUCAACGAAUUGUUAGUCAAAUACUUGGACCUACAAGAUGGCAAUAUUCAUUAGCUUAUCUUGAUGAUGUUAUUAUAUAUUCAUCAAGUUUCGCACAACAUUUAAUCCAUCUCGAUGAUAUUCUGAAUAGAUUACAUGACGCAAACUUUCGUCUCAAUGUGGAAAAAUGCCAGAUAGCAAGAACGUCAAUCGAUUAUCUGGGCCAUCAUAUUGAACAUAGAAAUAUUAGACCCAAUGCAGACAACAUUCGUACAUUAUUAGAAACAGCACAACCAACAACACCAAGAGAAGCUUUUCGAUUCGUCAAAGCGGCAGAAUAUUAUCGCAAGUUUAUACUGAAUUUCUCUAUCAUUGCUCAACCAUUAUAUAAAUAUGCACCCACCACUAAAGAUCAACGAUCACAAAAAUCACAAUCUGCAUCUAUUAUAUUAUCUGAUGAAGAACUUAAUGCGUUUAAUAAAUUAAAACAAAUAUUAACUAAUGAUUUAGUUUUACGUAUUCCAGAUGCACAUUUACCAUUUAAAAUUCAAACAGAUGCAUCAAAGAUCGGUAUAGGAGCUGUACUUAUGCAAACUCAUCCAAAUGGUGAUUUACCGGUUGCAUAUCUAUCGAAGAAAUUUACAACAACACAAAUGAAUUGGCCUGCAACCGAACAAGAAUGUUAUGCAAUUAUAUAUGCGAUUGAGAAAUGGCAUAAAUAUUUAGAUGGACGUGAAUUUAUAAUUGAAACAGAUCAUAAACCUUUAGUACCAUUUAAUACAAAACAACAAUUAAAUUCGAAAUGUGAACGAUGGCGUUUGAAAUUACAACAGUAUAAAUUUAUGAUUCGUUAUAUCAAAGGAAAACACAAUACCGUAGCAGAUUAUUUAUCACGUUCACCAUUAGAUAACGCAUCUUAUGAUGAAGAUGAUUAUGUUCCAAUAAAAUCUCAAUCAACACAAACCGAAAAUUCGAUGAUAACAGCUAUUACAGCAUCUGUAGUUACUCGGGCACAAGCGAAACAACAACUACAUAAUAAGAGGAAUGACGAUCAUAUGAUCGAUCAACCCUGUGAUAAAGAACAGCCGAAAAGGAAUGUCGAUUCUUCAAUCGACCGUUCCUGUGGUCAGGAAGAUCAACAACAACAUGGGAAUGCUAUUGACGAUCGAAUCAUGCCAUUUACAUAUGAACGAUUAAAAGAAUUACAACAUCAAGAUGAGGAAACAAAAUACAUGAUAUCGCAUAUACAUAAUUUCAAUGGAUAUCACGUGGAAGAUGAUAUGUUAAUGAAAAACUCGUCUCCACCAGUACCAUUCGUACCUAAGGGACGAAUUCGAUUCGAUAUAAUGAAAAUUUAUCAUGAUACACCCGCCAACGGAGCACAUUUUGGUCGCAAUAGAACCAUUCAGAAGAUUCGACAAAGAUACUUUUGGCCAUCGAUGAUCCAUGAUAUAAAGAAUUAUAUUAAAUCAUGUAUACCAUGUUUACAAAACAAUCAGUUACGACAAAAACCACCAGGUGCUCUACAACCAAUCAAACCUCCUGAAGGAAUAUGGCAAUUACUUACAAUGGAUUUUCAUGGACCGAUCACACCAACAUCAAGAAAUGGUAAUAAAUAUAUCAUUGCAUUAACUGAUGUUUUAUCCAAAUUCGUUAUUACUAAAGCAGUACGGGAUUGCACCGCAAUAACAGCAGCACAUUUCCUUAUUGAAGAAGUUAUUCUCAAAUAUGGGACUCCAAAAUGUAUUCUUACAGAUAAUGGAACCCACUUUACGGCUUCAAUGAUGACAGAAUUAUUUAAAAAAUUAGGUGUCACCCAUUUAUAUUCAACACCCUAUCAUCCGAUGACAAAUGGACAAGUUGAACGUUACAAUGCAACGAUGGAUUCAAAAAUAGCAACAUUAUCAAAUGAAAAUAGAACAAAUUGGGAUGAACAAUUAUCAUAUGUUACAUUCAACUACAACACAAGUAUUCACGCAACAACUGGAAUUAUUCCGUUUGAAUUUAUGUAUGGUCGUUUACCCGUAUUACCAUUUGAUCAUCAACAACCUAUUGUUACUCUUUCACAAGAUCCAGAACACGUUAAUAAAUUAAAAAAAUAUUUAUCAUCAUUGACCGAACAAACAACAUCAAAUAUAUUACAACAACAGAAGAGAUACAAAGAACAUUAUGACCGUCAUCGAACAAACCCAAUAUAUAAACUUAAUGAUUUAGUUUUAAUUCAAGCAUUAAAUCGACGAAACAAAUUCGAUAUUAGAUAUGAAGGACCGUUUCGUAUAGUACAACAACUUGGUGGAAAAACAUUUAUUGUUAAACAUAUAAAAAAUUCUACAUUAGUACGACAAGUUACGACAGAUGUUAUUCGUCCAAUAUGUGAACGUAGAAACAAUACUGAAUCGUAA